ACAAAAAAAAAAGGGUGGCUUUGGGAUUUAUAAAAAUAACAGAACCUUUCUCCUCCGAGAAGUUCCUUUCACUACCGAAAUAUAAAAACAAAAUAUCAGAAUGAGAUCGAUGCUCUAGACCUCUGCGAUCUCAGAUCUUAACGACACCGUUUUUACAUCUGUUAAUCCACCAUGUCUUCUGGGUUCAGCGGCGAUGAAACUGCUCCUUUCUUUGGCUUCCUCGGCGCCGCUGCCGCGCUUGUCUUCUCUUGUAUGGGAGCGGCAUAUGGAACAGCUAAGAGUGGUGUUGGUGUGGCAUCAAUGGGAGUGAUGAGGCCUGAACUUGUGAUGAAAUCAAUUGUACCAGUUGUUAUGGCUGGUGUGUUAGGUAUAUAUGGGUUAAUUAUUGCAGUUAUUAUCAGUACUGGAAUCAACCCCAAGGCCAAGUCAUAUUACCUUUUUGAUGGGUAUGCCCAUCUCUCAUCUGGUCUUGCUUGUGGCCUUGCUGGGCUGUCUGCUGGAAUGGCCAUUGGCAUUGUCGGUGAUGCUGGUGUCAGAGCUAAUGCUCAACAACCAAAACUUUUUGUUGGAAUGAUUUUGAUCCUCAUUUUUGCUGAAGCAUUAGCAUUGUACGGACUCAUUGUUGGCAUUAUCUUGUCUUCCCGAGCUGGCCAGUCUAGGGCAGAAUAAGCAAUGAGAUUAUUCUUUUAUGGCUAUCGUUCACUAAUUAUUGAUAGUUGGGAAUCACUUAAAAAAUUGUUUUGAAAUAUUCUUGUGGGAGUGUCUGUUCUGCCAGGCACUUGGUUUCUUUGUGCUGUUUGCAGGAGUAGGAUCGAAUAAAAGCUCAUUAAGCUGUAUGUAUAUGCUUUAUCUUUGGGUUUUUUUUUCUUCUUCUUUUAAAUGUACCAAUGUAUUUUGAACAACUAUAAAAAACUUUAAUUUUCGGGUCUAA